UUACUCCACUUGAAGCCAGGAGUCUAACACAAGCAGGAAAGCCAGCUGGAGGUGUGGGCAGCAUGGAAGCCAACAUCUCAGUACCUCCAUAUGAAUCUGAAUGGAUGCGCCAUGAGAACACCAUACGUGCUGUUUUAUGGAUAGUCUCAAUGGUGCUUCUCUCGAUCACCUUUGUCCUUGGUGUGCUGGGCAAUGGGCUGGUGAUCUGGGUGGCUGGAUUCCGGAUGACACGUACAGUCACCACCAUAUGUUACCUGAACCUGGCCCUUGCCGACUUCUUCUUCAGUGUUACCCUACCUUUCUGCAUUGUCUCCACGGCCAUGAGAGGACUUUGGCCUUUUGGGUGGUUCCUCUGCAAGUUCACUAACAUCAUGAUGGCCAUAAACCAAUAUGGAAGCAUCUUCCUGAUUGCUGUCAUUUCUCUGGAUCGCUGUAUCUGUAUCCUGCAUCCAGUGUGGUCCCAGAAGCACCGCAAUGUCAAUCUGGCCAAAAAAGUUGUCGUUGGAUCCUGGAUUCUUGCUGUAGUCUUCUCUUUGCCAGCUUUCAUCUUCCCAAAUACAGUAAGUGAUGCAAAAGGGAAUGUGUACUGUCUAGACUCCAUUGAACCUUUGGGAUUCACAGAGGAAGAACAAAUGGAGGUACUCCGUGCUAUAAUAUUACCUAUGGGGAUUACCCAGUUCAUUAUUGGCUUCUGCAUGCCCAUGUCCACCAUGUUAGUCUGUUAUGGGCUAAUAGCUGCCAAGAUUCAUGGAAUGCACAUCAUAAAGUCUAGCCGUCCUUUUCAGGUCCUCAUUGCUGUUGUGGCUUCCUUCUUUAUCUGCUGGUUUCCCUUUCAACUGAUUUUGCUUGUAGGCAAAGUCUGGGUCAAAGAUAUUGAAUUGUAUGAAGACAAGAUAAUACAUAUAUACCAUUUACUGUUACUUCCAACAAUGUCCCUGGCCUGCUUCAACAGCUGUCUUAACCCAAUACUCUAUGUUUUUGUGGGUCAGGAUUUCCGAGAGAGACUGAUCCACUCUCUGCCCAUCACACUGGAGAGGGCCCUGAGUGACAACAUUGCCCAGGCUUUUGACACAGCCACCAGUUCUUUGGCACCUCCUGCAGAUGAAGCAUUAACAAAAAUGUGA